CUAUAAAAUAUAUAUGUUGAUUAAUGUAAUGUAAAUAUUAUUUAAAAAUGAUAAAAUGGAUAAUAUAAUUUUUAGCAACAUACUUAUUUAAGUAAAACUAUAUUAAUAAUUAGUAAUAAUAAAAGAAAAAAAAAAUUUAAAUACAAAAAUUUAAAAAAAAAUAAUGUACAAUUUUAUUUAAGUUAAUAAUAAAUUAGUUAGUAUUAUUUAAAUAACAAAUAAUAAAUAAUUCAUUAAAUUACAGAGGUGGCCAAAAGUUACACAACGCCUACCAUCUAGUAUGGAACGCGUUAUGGAAUCGUUUUCGUCCACGUCAUAUUGCAACUUUGGUCUCGUUUUCUUGUUUACGUACAAUAACAGCAAGGUUUAUACGAAAACAACAUAACCUAUUAGACGCAGUUUUAUGUUCGUUAUCAUUUGUAGCCCUGCCGAAAUGAUGUGGGACGACAGAAUGGCUCCCAAGAUCACCCAAUCUCACAUUUUGUGAUUUCAGCAUGUGGGGAGUUAUCAAAGAUCAAAGAGUUUACAAGACGUUAAUCCAAAAUUUGAUCCAUUUAAAAAAGCGAAUCGAGGAAGAAUUCCAAAUUUUGAGCACGGAUUAUUUGUAUCUUUACAACGCCACAAACGUGGUAAAAAAACGUUGUGGAGCAGUUAUUAAAGCUGGAGGAUAUCAUUUUGAACGUUUAUUAUAAUUGCCGCGAGAUGAUGUUACUUGUAAUGUUCAUUUUUAUAUCAUUUUUUUUUUAUUUGAAGAAAUAAAGGAUUUUUUUACUAUUACAAAUAGUAAAAUGCAGACAUUAAAAUGUUAACAGGGCUCUAUAAAAGAUAUUUAGUGUUAAUAUUUAACAAAUAAAUGUGGGUUUGUUUCUAGAGUUGAUUGGAUUUACUUUAAAGUUUAAUUUUUCAAAUUUAAGAUUUUGCCAACAAACUGCAAUUUGAGUACAGAAUCUAUAUUUAGAAUCUGAUUUUCUUCCCCAAUAUUUUUUAAUAUUUAUAAGGUGUAAGAAAGCUACUACCAUCUUUCAGUUUAUUUCUUAUCGUUCAUUUGUGUUUCUUCAGUGCCUAUCUAACUUCUUAAUAGCUAUUUUUUAAACUUUGGGAUCCACUGAACUCUCUUAUCAUUUAUUGCUAGCGAAAUAUAUGUCUUUUAACCACAAAUCUAUUAAGAUAUUGUGUCUAUGCUUUGAAACAAAAAAUUAUGCAACACUUAUUAUUUAUAACAUAUAAUGAUAUAUACAACAUAUAGGUAUAUAUGUAAUUAUUAUUGAUACUAUAUAUGUGAUACUUUAUUUAUAAAGUCAAGUGAAGAAUACAUAGAACUUUAAUUAUUUAUGCUCAUUUGAAAAUUUAAUUUAAUAUCAAUUGUUUUGAUAUUAAAUC